UUGCCUCCAUCCUUUUCUCCCCAGCUGGAGCUGCGGUAGGGCUUUUGCAGCAGCUGAGCCGUGGAGAGGUUAAGGUGUUGUUGCGUGAGAAGCAGAGACAACUUGGGAUCCGGAGCUAGCUCGAAGGGGCUGGAAUAGCUGGUCACCCCAGACCAGAGAGCAGAAUGGAACGAGGGGUCGACGCAUUUCUAGGUUUCCCCUGCAGCGUGAAUGCCUCGGCUGCCCUGGAAAACGCCAGUGAGAUGAGCGGUAGCUGGGAGGGUUGGCAGCCCGAGGCAAUCAUCGUACCAGUGCUCUUCGCUCUCAUCUUCCUCGUGGGCACGGUGGGUAAUUCGCUGGUCCUAGCGGUGCUGCUGCGCAGCGGCCAAAUGAGCAGUACCACCAAUCUGUUCAUUCUCAACCUGGGUGUGGCGGAUCUCUGUUUCAUCGUUUGCUGCGUGCCCUUCCAGGCGACCAUCUACACCUUGGACGGGUGGGUGUUCGGUGCGCUGCUUUGCAAGGCAGUACACUUUCUCAUCUUCCUCACUAUGUACGCCAGCAGUUUCACGCUGGCCACCGUCUCUCUAGAUAGGUAUCUGGCUAUCCGCUACCCACUGCACUCCCGAGAAUUGCGGACUCCUCGGAAUGGGUUGGCGGCCAUAGGCCUCAUCUGGACACUGGCGCUGAUUUUCUCGGGGCCCUACCUCAGCUACUAUAGUCAGUCGGAAUUGGCUAACCUGACCGUGUGUCAUCCCGCCUGGAGCGCACAGCGACGUCGAACCAUGGAUCUCUGCACCUUUGUCUUCAGCUACCUGCUGCCAGUUCUCGUGCUUGGCCUGACCUAUGCUCGAACCCUGCGCUAUCUCUGGAGGGCUGUUGAUCCAGUGGCCGCACUUUCCGUAUCCAAGCGCUCCAAGCGCAAAGUGACGCACAUGAUAAUCAUCGUAGCCGCGCUCUUCUGCCUGUGUUGGAUGCCCCAUCACGCUCUCAUCCUCUCGGUCUGGUUUGGCCACUUCCCUCUCACUCGAGCCAGUUAUGUGCUGCGCAUUCUCUCCCAUCUAGUCUCCUAUGCCAACUCCUGCGUCAACCCCAUUGUCUAUGCACUUGUCUCCAAACACUUCCGCAAGGGCUUCCGCAAGAUCUGUGAGGGGCUGCUGUGCCGAGCUCCUCAGCUCGUUUCCCGUCGCGUGCGAGUCGCCCCAACAAGCGCUCGCCGGGGCAGCCUGCUGCUUCGCGACUCCGUAGCUAUGAUCCCCGUUUGUAAGGUGGAGGAUCCCACUCUUCCGGUGCCUGAACAUCCUCCUCUGAGGGAAUCAGUUCUGAGCCCCUUACCGGGUCCAUCCUGGAGAGUAGAGACUCCUGUACUAAACUCUCCUUCAAUGAGAUGAGAGGUGAACCUGUAGAACAGGUCGUUUUGCCAGGAAAGGGAGAGAGAGUGAAGUCAGUGUAGGGUAUUGCUAAAGGCUGGGAGUGGGGGUUGGACAGCAUGGUCACAGAUGUGAAGGUGAGGAGCCUCUGAUUAAGUACAGUAAAAGGGAAAAAUAGAACCUGCACACUCAUUUCUACAUUCUCAUUUCUGUCCCAAAGACAGACCACGAGCUGAUGCAAAGUGAAAUGUACUGUGUACAAAGUAAUA